UUGUAGGCGUCCGCCAUUGGUCGUGGCGUCCUCCCGAGCGUCUUCCUGUGCAGCGGGGCUCCCAAAGAGGGAGAGAGUUGUUGAGUGCCACUGAGGGUAAAGGGGCAAGUGACGAGCGGACUGAAGCACUGCAAACACGGAAGGUCUCAGAAAGAGGACUUCUGGAAGCUUCGGCACCUUGCGGACCCUCUGGUAGCGCCCGCACCUGAACGUGAGACCCUCCAGCGCGCGUGCGCAGCGAGGGUCUUCUCGCACCUGCUCGCGAGACCCCAACUGCCUGCGGCUCGAGGCCUCGCGGGGGCUUCUUGGUGGAGCGGGUCAUGGCGCAGCUGUGUGGGCAGAGGCGGUGCCGGGCGCUUCUCACCCUGCUGGCAUCACUGCUCCUCUCCGGGGCCCAGGCGGCCGAGGGAGAACACGGCAUCCAGGAUUUCUGCCUGGUUUCCAAGGUGGUGGGGAGAUGCCGGGCUUCCAUCCCAAGAUGGUGGUACAAUGUCACUGAUGGGUCCUGCCAGCAGUUUGUGUACGGAGGUUGUGAAGGAAAUGACAACAAUUACCAGAGCAAAGAGGAAUGCCUCAAGAAAUGUGCUGGUGUCACAGAGAAUUCCAUUGAUCAUUUGGCCACCAGCAGGAAUGGAGCAGAUUCCUCUGUCCCAAGUGUUCCUAGAAGACAGGAUUCUGAUGACCUCUCCAGCGAUAUUUUCAACUAUGAAGAAUACUGUACGGCCAAGGCAGUCACUGGGCCUUGCCGGGCAUCCUUCCUACGCUGGUACUUUGAUGCUGAGAAGAAUUCCUGUGAUAACUUCAUCUAUGGAGGGUGCCGGGGCAAUAAAAACAGCUAUCUCUCCAAGGAAGCGUGCAUGCACCGCUGCUAUGGCAAGCAGAUAUAUCCAGUCUUACCCCCUGGCACAAAAGUGGUGGUCCUGGCUGGGAUGUUCGUGAUGGUUCUGAUCCUCUUCCUGGGAGCCUCUGUGGUCUGCCUGAUCCGGGUGGCACGGAGGAACCAGGAACGUGCCCUGCGGACCGUCUGGAGCUCUGGGGAUGACAAAGAACAGCUGGUGAAGAACACAUACGUCCUGUGAAUGCCCUGUCACCAAGAAAACUGGGGAAGGGGGGAACGUGUGUGUGCUUUUUUAAAAUAGAGUGAUUGAUUUGUAUUUGUGA